AUGAAGCUAUUGAAAAGAGAGAGAGAAAAAAAUCCUUUCCGAUUUAAACUUCAAAAUGAAGUUGAAGAAAAAAAAGUUGAAAUAUAUGAAGCUAUCAAGGAGAGAGAGAGAGAGAAAAAAAAAAAACCUUUUAAACCAGAAGAUAAUGUUUGA